CUCUUUAAAAUCCUUCACCUUCUUCUCCUUCACCCACUUCUAAAAACACACACUCCUUUAUUUCAUCAAACCCCCACGUUCUCUAGAUCUCUAUUUCCAUCUUCUUCUAUCCAUAUAUAUCUCAAAAUAGUUAAGAAUUAUCCAUUAUCAUCUUCAAAUAUCUUGAUCACAUCUCCUUGAUCACCAUACCAAGAAGGAAAGAAAGAAGCUGCAAACAUGCCACCAACAUUACCACCAGAUUACUCAAACUCAGUGAAGCUGAAAUAUGUGAAAAGAGGGUACCAAUGUCUAGUAAACAAUUUCUUAACAUUUCUACUCAUACCAGCCAUGGCAGCAAUCGUAUUACAAGUAGUACAAUUAGGUCCUGAUGAAUUAUUAAGCCUAUGGAACUCAGUAGAGCUAGAUCUUGUUCAAGUUAUAUGUUCUUCAUUUCUUAUUAUCAUCAUUUCCACUGUUUACUUCAUGAUGAAACCUAGAACCAUUUACUUAGUCGAGUAUGCUCUUUACAAACCACCAGUUACAUGUAGAGUUCCUUUCUCUACUUUCAUGGAACAUUCAAGACUCAAUAAUAUGAAUGAUCCUAAAAGUGUUGAGUUUCAAAUGAGAAUUCUUGAAAGAUCGGGCUUAGGGGAAGAAACUUGUUUGCCACCAGCUAAUCAUUAUAUUCCUCCUGUACCAACAAUGGAAGCUUCAAGAGCUGAAGCUGAAUUAGUUAUAUUUUCUUCGGUUGAUGCGCUUCUGAAAAAAACUGGGAUUAAACCCAAAGAUAUUGAUAUAUUGAUUGUCAACUGUAGUAUGUUCUCGCCAACACCAUCCAUGUCGGCAAUGGUGGUGAACAAAUACAAGAUGAGAAGUAAUAUCAGAAGUUUUAAUCUAUCUGGUAUGGGUUGCAGUGCUGGUUUAAUAUCGAUCGAUUUAGCUCGUGAUCUUCUUCAAGUUCAUCCCAAUUCAUAUGCACUGGUUAUAAGUACUGAGACCAUAACUCCUAGCUAUUACAGUGGGAAACAAAGGUCCAUGCUUUUGCCAAAUUGUUUAUUUAGAAUGGGUGGUGCAGCUAUACUUUUAUCCAACAGACGGAGAGACAGAUACCGUGCAAAGUAUAACUUAGUUCAUGUGGUUCGAACUCAUAAAGGAGCUGAUGAUAAAGCUUUUAAAUGUGUUUACGAAGAAGAAGAUCCAGAGGGAAUAAGAGGUGUUUCGCUUUCUAAAGAUUUGAUGGCUAUUGCUGGUGACGCUCUUAAAUCGAAUAUUACAACGAUUGGACCUCUUGUUCUCCCGGCAUCAGAACAACUACUUUUUCUGUUUACUCUUAUCGGCCGAAAAGUCUUUAAUCCCAAGUGGAAACCAUAUAUACCCGAUUUUAAACAAGCGUUCGAGCAUUUCUGUAUACAUGCAGGUGGACGGGCAGUUAUCGAUGAACUACAAAAGAAUCUCCAGCUUUCAGCCGAACACGUUGAAGCAUCAAGGAUGACACUCCAUCGUUUUGGCAACACAUCAUCUUCUUCUUUGUGGUAUGAACUGAGUUAUAUUGAAGCUAAAGGAAGGAUGAGAAAAGGUGACAGGGUGUGGCAAAUUGCAUUUGGUAGCGGAUUUAAGUGUAACAGUGCAGUAUGGAAGUGUAACAGGACAAUCAAAACACCUGUUGAAGGUAGUCCAUGGUUGGAUUGUGUUCACAGGUAUCCUGUUCAUAUCCCUGAAAUUGUCAAGCUCUAGAAUUUAAUGGAUCAUUUACUGAUCAUCAUCUCCCUGCACCUAUACAAUUAUGGUUUGUGGAUCAAAUCCUAUGCAAUGUGUUACAGAAAAAGCUGUGUUGUGUUUUAUUAAUUAAAAUUGCUUUAGCAUUUAUUGUUUGUCUCAUCAAUGAACCAAUCCAUAUUUUACUUCUUUCUUCUUUUUUUUUUUUUUUUUUGAAUUUCAUAAAUACCCACUACAUGUAUACAGGAUUUAUGUAUGAAAAUGUUAUGAUGUAUAAAGGUGGUAAAAAAGAAAAGAGAUCAAAGUUGAGCUA